GACAUUAAGAGCUCUGGGAAUAAUGUUUAAGUCUGAAUGAGGAGGAAGCCUAUGGGAUUCCUGCUUCGUACUGAGCUAAUUCCUGAACAUCUUUCAGUCGGUUGGAACCUUUGGGACACAGGGGAUCAAGGCAGAGUGUUUCUGAGGAUUGGUACUCUGAGGAUGCUUACAUAAAGACAGAGUUAUUGGACUCUAUCUCUAUCUUCAAUCAAAGCUAUAGAGUGAUUGGUACUCAAGACUGGAGGACAGAGUCUGUUUGGGUAAAAUAUGACAUCUGUGCAGAGCCUCAUACCCCUGUUAUUUUUCUACUUUGUCACAUCAUCUUCCCAGUAUGAGCCACAAUCUAAGCCCCAUGGCAAGGAAGAGGUCAUACCCAAGAGCCAACUAACAGCACAAGGACCUACAGUCCAGCCUAGAAGACCACAGACAGCUCAAGGAUCUGGGAUUCAGAAUGAGGAAAUUCAUCUUCCAAAAAACAACUUGCAAGUUACUCCAAAGCCAUCAUUGCAACUCAAGGCUAUCAGUGUCUCUGGUAUCGAUAACAGCUACGCAGCAGGGGACGGAUCUUACUCCUGUCCUGGCAAUCAGAUACAUGAUGGCUUGCGGUGCGGCUGUCCUGAUGGUUUAUUUCUGGAAGGGGAUCACUGCGCAUGUCCCACCGGAUUCACACUGCUCUCCGGGGGCCUAAAUUGUGCCGAUAUCAAUGAAUGUGCGGAUCAAGAAUCUCCAUGUGGAUUACACUCCAACUGCACCAACACAGCCGGUUCCUUCUCGUGCCGCUGUCUGCGAGGAUUUCUUAAGGGACAGAGUGGGUGUGAAGAUGUUGAUGAGUGUCAAGUUGCCGAAGUGACCGGACUCCAGGCCUGUCCCCCUCGGGCUUCCUGCCGUAACACGGAGGGCUCCUUCGCCUGCUCCUGCGCGGAGGGCUUCGUUUUGAGUUUGAAUGGGAAGCAGUGUGUGGAUAUUGAUGAGUGCUCCUUCGAGGAGAAGUGUCGGAGAGAGUUGGGGAAUUUAUGUGUGAACACAGAGGGAAGUUACCAUUGUGCCUGUCAGUCGGGGUUUCAUGAGUCCGGACCCACCUGUAUUGAUGUGGACGAGUGUGCAGAGAAGCCCUUUAUUUGCUCUGGACGUGGCAUCUGUGAGAACACACUGGGAAGUUACCUCUGUGGCUGUCAGCUUGGAUUUCGUGGCAAUGGAACAUACUGUGAAGAUGAGAAUGAGUGCUCCUCAGGAAAGCAUGGCUGUGACUCGAACGCUCACUGUGGGAAUGUCAUCGGCUCCUACUUCUGCCAGUGCUACCAGGGUUUCAAUGGUGAUGGACACAGCUGCUAUGAUAUCGAUGAAUGCUUAGUGGGAAACGGAAGCUGCGACCAGCUAUGUGUGAACCAGGCCGGCAGCUACGAGUGCCAGUGCCGCCCCGGCUACAUACUGCAGGAUGAUGGCAGGAACUGUACAGAUGCUGACGAGUGCCAGACAAACAAUGGGAACUGCAUGCAGAUCUGCAGAAACACGUUUGGAUCAUUCGAAUGUCUUUGUCGGAAGGGAUUCCAGCUGCACGUGGACCUCAGGGGAUGUGUUGAUAUCGACGAGUGUAAAAUCGGGAAUGGAGGCUGCUCUCACACAUGUAAUAACACAGACGGCAGCUUCCUGUGUCUGUGCCCCGUUCACCAGGCUCUCGCCCCGGAUCGUAGAACCUGCAUUAACAUCACGUCGUGUGCCCUGCAGAACGGCGGCUGUGAGCAUAUCUGCAGUAAGAGGCAGGAGGGCAGCAUUGAAUGUCAGUGCCACCCGGGCUGGGUCCUCAGCAGGAACGGAAAGACGUGUGAUGAUCUCGAUGAAUGUGCUGACUUCACCCAUGGGGGCUGUGAACAGGACUGCCAGAACCUCCCAGGAACCUAUAACUGCAGCUGCUCUAAGGGAUUCACUCUGCGGCUCGAUGACCCAACUAAAUGCCAGCCUGUAUGUCACCCUCCGUGCCUGAACUACGGUGUGUGUGUGGCACCAGACACCUGUGACUGCCCUGUGGGGUACCCAGGCCCCGGAUGCUCAGCAAUGUGCUCCCCUCCUUGUGGUCAUGGAGGAACCUGCAUGCGACAUAACAUGUGCCAGUGUCCAACUGGAUGGGCUGGUCCCGGCUGUCAGACAGCGGUGUGUGAGCUGCCCUGUGCCAAUGGGGGGCGUUGUGUUGCUCCUGACACGUGUGAGUGCCCGUUCGGAUACAGCGGAGGACAGUGUUUGAUUCCUGUCUGCUCUCCGUCCUGUCUGAAUGGAGGAAAAUGCAUUGAUGUCAAUAAGUGUGUGUGCCCCAGUGGGUGGAUGGGUGCCCGAUGCCAGAUCGAACCGGUACGCUGUGAGAAGAAAUGUGAAAAUGGGGGGAAAUGCAUCGGGUACAACACCUGCCGCUGCCCACCUGGGUUCCUGGGGACACAGUGUGAGACUGCGGUGAUUGAACCUUGUGUCCCCCCAUGUCAGCAUGGGGCCACAUGCCAGCAGUUUAACAAAUGUGCCUGCGCAGAAGGCACUGCCGGACAUAGAUGUGAAAAACUGACUUGUCCUAUUGUUACCACAAAGGUGAGCACAUCGCGGGCUAUCAGACAGGGGGUGCGAGAAAGCUACGUAGAACGAUGCGGCCCGCUAGGCGUCCAACUGUGCACCAAAUAUCGGAUUAAUCAGGUGCGAGUUCACGUCCAGGUCUAUGUAGUUGGCUACAAAAUCCAAUGCCCAAGCAGAGCCAAAGUGUGAGGGGUGGAGUUACAACCUACUUCAGAAUUCCUUGAUGUAACAACACACGUUCCGGCAACCAGCAAAAUCUUCCUCAAAUAACUCCAACCAUGGCCGAUGAUCUCUUCACCAAUAUAUGGGCAUAUUUAUAUGUGUAAUAAAUCGAUUCCUUCUCCCGUUAAUUCGGUUGUCUAAAAAAAAAAAAAUAAAGAAUAUAAUUCUAUAAAGUGUAAUAAUUCAUGAAUGUAAUUUGAGACUAAUAUUUCUGUGCUUGUUGAUGUAAGUAAUCUGCUUUUUACUU